AACGUAACAACAGUCAACAAAGAAGAUGCCAAAAAAGAGUGGAAAGAAAGGAAAGGGAAAAGGAAAGAAGAAAGCGAAGAAGACCAUAGCAGGGGCAGAAGACAUUGUCCAUAGUUUCCUAAAAUGUUACGAGAGAAACUGUGGGUUGACGGAGUCACAGAUCAGUCCCCGAAUUAAAAGUGCCUUAAAAGCAUGCAAGGAAAAUGAAACAGUGCUUUCCACGUUUAUUUUGGAGCCUGUGCCUGUUGAGAAGGAAGGGGACCUUCCAGUUUUACUAGAGCCAUUGAUUGCCGCCUUCAGACAAGAAAGAUAUGUCCACAUACAAGACAUGUAUCUGUGGAAUUACCCUAUGACAUAUGAAAAUAUGGCAACAGUGGCCUUGCUGUUAGAGAAGGGUUGUUAUCCUUUGAGAUAUAUAGAGUUUCUUGACUGUUUGCUGGAGGGGUACUCACUUCAGCGACUCUCAAGGUCAUUUAACAUCUGCUCCACUCUGACCUCUGUCACCCUGGACUAUAAUGAAUUUGGAAAUGAAGGUGCACAGUACUUUUGUAAAGGAAUGGAGGGAAAUGUCACCCUUCUGUCCAUCAGUAUGUGUUAUUGUGACCUGGGUGUGGAAAGUGGAGACAUACUCGGAAAGAUGCUGGUGAAAACAGCAGUAAGAGAGUUGUACUUGGACGGGAACAACUUAGAGUGUAAAGGAGUGAUCAGUUUGAUUAAUCUCUGUGCUGAACAAGCCUUCUAUGAGUCCGCAAUGAGGGCAGAGGAAGCAGCCAGAAAACUCCAAGAGGAGGCUGAGAAGGCUGAACGAGAAAGAGAGCAAGGCUAUAGGUCAUCUGGAUUAUCUGGAGAUGAGGAUGGUAAAGAUGGAAAGAAGAAAAAGAAAAAGAAAGGUAAGAAAAAGAAGAAAAAGGAACCACCCCCACCACCAGCUGUGGGCCCCUGGAUCCACAAACUCCACGUGGCAGACAAUGGUAUUGAUGGUCUGGCAUACAAAAGAGAGUUAGCUCCCUUACAGAUGAUGAGAGUUCUGAAAAAGUUGAUCAUGUACUCUAACUGCUUUGAGGAGUUAGAUCUGGAGAAGAACUUGAUUGGUGAUAUUGCGGCAAAAGAGAUCUUGGAAUCAUUAGAACAUAGGAAAGAAACAGAAAAACUUGGAGGGUGUAAAGUUCGGGUUGGCAGUAGAAUAAAGAAGGAUACAUUUGAUGGCAUCCUUAAUCUUGGCUCUGGUCUCAAGAAAAAGAAGAAAGGGGGCAAAAAGAAAAAGAAAUAAUGGACCGACACUACCUGACAUGAAAGUAUCAGACUUCCAUUUCAAAACAGUCAUCCAUGGGUGGUGAAAGAUGUCAAAACAGACUGAGACAUUAUUGCAAUAAGCAAGCAGAUAUCACCAGAGACAUUUGACAAAUCUCAAUUCAUCACUAUCCAUUGUAGAAGAAAACUGAAAUGUGGGACCCCAUCAAUGGAUGCUUGACUUAGCUUGGGACAUUACAAGGUGUUUCAAAUAGAAGGUUGUUGAUAAAAUUUGAAAUAAGCAAAAAAAAUUACGUCUAGUCAGAUGAUGUUUGUUAUGUACAUGUCUAAGUGUUUUUCUUUGCAUUUAAAAGCACCUGAAUUUUCUUAUCAAAAUUUUUAACUUUUUUUUUUCUUUAUUUUUGGUGAAAUCAUAAUAAUCUUGGUAAAAUAUUUGCAGGAUUUUGU